AAAAGUUUCACCAUUUACAUGUAGAGUAACCUACGCUGCAUAUUGGGCUUUCUAUUGAGCGAAGGGGGAAAUGUAUGCAAAUAUUGAAUAUGACAAUCAUGUUGACUCCAAACCAUCACAAAAUGAGACGGGUCCCAGGAACUUAAAAAGGAGAUUUCAUGGAGCUGUUGUUCUCUGUCUUGGGGUGCUGAGUGUUUUCCUGCUGGCUGGGCUCAUCAGCCUCUGUGUUUACCACCGUGACUCAGUAACCACUAUCAAAGCCAACCUGACGGGACGUCUGUCCUCCGUGACCGAAGAGAGAGACCGGCUGAAUGCCAGCCUCAGUAACACGACUAAAGAGUUGGACAGGCUUCGGAGUUUGUCCAAACAGAAGAAAACUUGUCCUACAGGAUGGAGGAUGUUCAGUUGUACCUGUUAUCUCCUCUCCACCAAGUCUGAAACUUGGGAAAAGGGCAGAGAAGACUGCAAAGGCCGUGGAGCAGAUCUGGUGGUGAUAGACAGUUCUGAAGAACAGGAAUUCCUCACUAAAGUCAUCAAUCAAGACACUUGGAUUGGUUUGAAUGACAAAGAAAAUGAGGGCACCUGGAAAUGGACUGAUGGAACUCCGCUGACUCUGUCGUACUGGUCGCCACGGCAGCCUGAUAAUGGUGAUGGAGAUCCUCAGUGGGGUGAAGAGGACUGUGCACAUAUCCGGGCUAGCACAAAAACUGGAGGAAACUGGAAUGAUCGGCGGUGUGAUGACUCUCUGAAAUGGAUAUGUGAAAAAAUAGCUUAGACUUUUGAUAUGAUAUAUUUAAAAGUACUUUCACAAUUAUACAAAAGUCCUUUAAUAGUGUAAUUGUAAUUGAAAAAACUGAGAUCUUAAAUACCGGCAUGAAAUCAAAUGUACCGUACUUUUUACUGAGAAAAUUCACCCCAGGCUUGUCCUAAUGACUACCAUAUGCAGUGAAACAAAGCUCCCGAAAACUUAUCAGGACAGUUGUAGCUAACAUUCUACUGAAUAUCUGAAAUGUACUUAAUAGGAUAAUAAAUCUGACUUAAGCUCUUUCCUCUAA